UUCCCGGAUCGCUCCGGGAGCGGCUCGGGGGGCGGGGGGUGUUCCGGGCCAGGCAAGAGAGAGCGCCCCAAGCUGCGGGCCAGGCGCUCUAGCCUCCCAAGCUCUCGAACCAAAGCCCAGAGCCCUUCCCUUUCUGAGUCUUGCCUUUCCGGACCUCCCUAGCUGGGCGAGGGACACACUUGGAUCUCCGUGAGCGACUCAACCCAGACGCUCCAGUUCCGGGCAGGGAUUUCAGCCAUGGCUGCGAUCCGAAAGAAGCUGGUGAUUGUGGGUGACGGUGCCUGUGGGAAGACCUGCCUCCUCAUUGUCUUCAGCAAAGAUCAGUUUCCAGAGGUCUACGUGCCUACCGUCUUUGAGAACUAUAUAGCCGACAUCGAAGUGGAUGGCAAGCAGGUGGAGCUGGCUCUGUGGGACACAGCUGGGCAAGAAGACUACGAUCGCCUGCGGCCUCUCUCCUACCCGGACACUGACGUCAUCCUCAUGUGUUUCUCCAUCGACAGUCCGGACAGUUUGGAAAAUAUUCCUGAGAAGUGGACCCCAGAGGUGAAGCACUUUUGUCCCAAUGUGCCCAUCAUCCUAGUGGGGAACAAAAAGGACCUGAGGCAAGAUGAGCAUACCAGGAGAGAGCUGGCCAAGAUGAAACAGGAGCCGGUUCGAUCUGAGGAAGGCCGGGACAUGGCAAACAGGAUCAGUGCCUUUGGCUACCUCGAGUGCUCAGCCAAGACUAAGGAAGGGGUGCGGGAGGUAUUUGAGAUGGCCACUCGGGCGGGCCUACAGGUCCGAAAGAAUAAGCGCCGGAGGGGCUGUCCCAUUCUCUGAAUUCCCCAAAGCUUCCUCGACCCUCCCACCCUUCCCUUCACAGGGGUACAGAUUAUCCUCCCCCUCGCCAUCCUUGUAGAACUCCAUGCUGCCAGUUUCUUUUUGGUUCCUUUCUGCCCAGGACUGCAUGAGUUUCCCAGCCCCAAGUGGGGGCUGUUAGGCCCUUCCUCCCUGCCUCUGGGGACCGGGCUGGUGCCCUGCCUUUCCUGAGCAGGGCUCCUCCUCCCGAAGCGGUGGUCCAGGGGGUGGGGCUCUUAGUCCCUCUGGCCUUCCCCAUAUUACACACCAGCACUUUAUAUAUUUUUGGCUCACAGGAGGAGUCUAGGGUAGGGAUUGGGGUUUCUGCUUUGGGUAGUAGCCUUGUAUUUGACUUGACUUGGUGGGGGAGGGCAGGAUAUGAAUAAAGGUCAAAGGUUGCACCGUG